AUGCAACAACUCCUGGCAACAAACAAAGCCAUGCAGGUCAGAACUGAUACCUUGGAUUAUGCACGGAGACGCAAAAACCUAAAAAUUAGAGGUAUAGUUGAAACAAUUGAUGAGCAAGAACUGCCACAUCUAAUUAGGCAACUCCUGUCUACUUUGCUGCCCCAACACUCCACAAGGGGCAUCCAAAUUGAUGGCAGCUUCCGCCUCACAAAGUCUAGUAGUGCUCCGGCUGGGGCCGCCCGAGAAGUCCUGGUAUGCUUCCUUGCACUUUGGGACAAGUUAGCAACCCAAGAAGCUGUGAAAAACAAAACACUGCUUCAAUUGGAAACAAUGCAGCUCCAGUUUCUGCAAGAUCUAUGCCGAUCCACCUUAGACUGGAGACAAGUCGUUCAACCAGUCACAAGGGUCCUAUGAAUGGCGAACAUCUCCUAUGAAUGGGGUCAGUCUCGCACCCUCACGGCUACCAGAGAAAGCCGCACUUACCAGCUUCUUUACUCAGCCUUCCUAA